GCAGACUGAGGCGACUGAGGAAAUGAGAACAGAAACACAGACAGAGGUGGGAGCAGCAUGAGAGGCUCUAGCUGAGUGCUGUUCAUAGACAAUAAAAUGGGGAAACUUCUUGUCUUCAUCCUGGUUUUGGUCCUCUGUACAAGUGGGACGCUUCAGAAAGAAGGGAGAAGAAAGCAGAACCACACUGUGGGUGCUAUGCCCAGAUCAUUUAUAGGGCAACCUGGCAUUCAGACAGAGUUAGUCCUAAAUGCAAAUGGGACUCAAGUUAACAUUUCAGCCCCUCCAACUCUGCGGUCACUAAACAACAGCACAGUGGGCUACCUCCGCGGCCCUCUCAGCACCCGGGUCAUCCCCAUUAUUUAUCUGUUGGUGGUUGCCGUCGGGAUCCCGGCCAAUGUCUCCAUCCUGUGCCUGCUGGUGACUAAAAUUAGAAAGGUGUCCUCUGCCAUCCUCUACUGCAGCCUGGCUGUCUCCGACCUCUUCCUCCUCCUCUCCCUCUUUUUCAAGGCUCACUACCAUCUCCAUGGAAACCACUGGGUUCUUGGGGAGGCUGCCUGUCGAGUGGUCACGGCCUGUUUCUAUGGCAACCUCUACUGCUCGGCCCUGACGCUGGCUUGCAUGAGCAUCAAGCGUUACAUUGCUGUGGUGUACCCGUUCCUGUACAAACGUCUGCCCAAGAGGACGUGUACCACCUGGGUGAGCCUGGCUGUAUGGGGGCUGUUUGGUGCCGCCAUCGUCCCCGAGCUCCUCGUCCAGCAGAGCUACCGGCUGCCUGAGCUCAACAUCACCACCUGCCACGAUGUGCUGCCUCUAUACCAACGCUCUCAUCUGUUCCUGCUCUACUACAACCUGAUUCUGACCAUCCUCGGCCUUUUGGUGCCGCUGGUGGUGACGGUCGUGUGCUUCGUCCGAAUCAUCCGUGAGCUCAACCAGUCGCACCACGACUGGGCGAUGUACAUCAAGGCCAGCUCUCUGGUGUUUGCCAUCUUCCUGGUGUGCUUCAUCCCCGCCGGAGUCCUGCACUUUCUCCAUUAUCUGCAGCUGUCUGUAAAUGGGCCACAAAAUUUGUACGCGUUCUUCAACGUGGCGGUGUGUUUGUGCUGCCUCCACGCCUGCCUCGACCCCUUUCUCUUCCUGGUCAUGUCCAAGUCUGCAGGCUCCAGGCUUUACUUCAUGACUUUCAAGGGCCACACCCUGAGCAUAUCAAUCUGACAGGGUCAUACCUGUCACCAAAAACUGAGCUCUUCUUUUUGUAGCUGAUGACGAGCAAAAUGUUCUCUAUGGCUGGAAUCCAAAGAGAUCACACAGUGUUCAUUUUAUAAGCUUUCAGGUAGAAUUAUUUUUUUGAGUAUGUCUUUUUGUGUGUGUGUGUGUGUGUGUGUGUGAUUGUAUAUAGAAACCAAUAUCU